GAGCGAGCUGGCGAGCGAGCGAAUCGGACCGGCGGCUGAUGGCGUAAUAGUGGCGAUGUUGUGCCCGAUUGGAUCGCUGGCGUCGCUUUGUUGGUCGGCUGAAUCUUGGCAUUAAAUGCCGAUGCUACAGUUUGCGCUGCAAGUUCUUUGCGAACGGAUCGGAACGUUGGUGCGCUUUCGGUGAAACCAUGGCCAAGCUGGUGGUUAUACUGUGUGCGAUCGUUCUGUUGGCAACGGUUGAGCAUCGAGUAGAGGCAACGGUGGUGCGGCUGCUGACCGAUUUCAUCCAAAACAAUGUCGCCGGCAUACCGCUGAUCCACAAGACGGAAGAGUAUGAGUUCGAUCCGGAGAUAAGCAAAAAACGUCGUGAGCUUUACUAUGAGCUGCAUGGCUACCGAGGAGAAAAGGUGAUCGAAAGGCUCGGUCUUGGCAUCGAUGGUAAGCACCAUGAGCGAGCGGAGCAUCAGCGCCAGCGCGACGAGGGACACCUGCAGGGGCUGAACUACCUCCAACCAUAG